AACUAUUAUCCAUGCCUUUGUUCAAAAGACACACGAUCAUUGUAGCACAGCUUUAAGUAUUUUGAACAUCUUUUUGUACCGUCGACACUCGUCGCUGGUGAGACAGAACAAUUACAUUUUAAGAGAAGAUAUUUUUAAAUAAAGAGAUUUCGGUAUUUCACAUUAUUUUCAUAUUUUACUUAUUCGAUAUUCAGUGGCUCUAAUCUCCAUACACGACAAAAAAUAUUUAUUACUACUAUAGGUAUUAAUAUCGAUAUUUCGUUUUUGUGAUUUGAAUUUCGUAACUUGUAAGUUUGUAACGGCUAAAGGUCACCAUUCCAACUUCCAAGCAUGAAUUUAUUAAAUACACCACGUUUGAAAAAAGAACUAGGCCAGUUACUUAACAAACCUCCUUUUGGUAUUAAGGUGAACGUAAAAGAAGGAUCAACCUCUGUUCUAGAAGCUGAACUCCAUGGACCAAAAGAUUCUCCAUAUGAAAAUGGAAUUUUCAAAUUGCAGAUAGAAUUGCCAGUGAAGUAUCCAUUUGAACCUCCUAGAGUAACAUUCAUAACACCUGUUUAUCAUCCUAACAUAGACAGUGGCGGCAGAAUCUGUUUGGACAUUUUAAAAAUGCCUCCAUCUGGUGCAUGGAAACCAUUGAUAAACAUCGAAGGCGUAUUGGUUGCGAUAUGCAAUUUAAUGAACUGUCCAAACCCUAAUGAUCCGCUGGUACUGGACAUUGCAAAAGAAUUUAAGAAUGAUAAAGAAACAUUUGAAUCCAAAGCUAAACACUAUACCAAAGAACAUGCCACUUCAGUCACUGUAUGAUUAUAUUUUAAUUUAAUAUAUAUAAUAUUCUUCUAUUAUUUUAUAAGAUAAUACUUCAGCCAACUUAAACUACUAGCAAGUAAAUUUCCAACUUUGUACACUUUUCUUUAUUAAUUAUUUAUUGUGAUUUAAAAUUGGUUGGUUAAGAACUAUUGAACACCGAAAGAAGUUCAUUUACAUAUUUGAAAGUAUUAUUGUAACCUAUGUACAAACUAUUACAGUUUUAUAUUAUUAUUAUUUAUAUUGUACCCUUUAAAUUAAUUUGUUUAUAACAUUCAAAUGUGCAAUAAAAAUACAAUCUAAAAUGCACUAUAACAUUUUAUAAAGAAACAAUAAUGAAUAUAAACUAUUGUCUUUGAAUAAUUUAGAUUUGUAAAUUUGUAAUUGAUCUGAUAAGUUUAUUAUGGUUCAUUGAGUGACUUAAAAUGUAUACAACUUACUAUAAUUUGCAAUUCUACAAUUUCUUCUAUACAAUAAAUAUAUUGAUUUAAAUUCCCAUUAAAUAUACAAUAUUUUAUCAGUUUACUCUAUAAUGUACAGUUAAUUAUCCUGAAAAAACUAGUUAGUUAACCAAAAACUUUUAGAUGUAUAAUUUAUUAUGAUUGAAGUAUUUGCUAUAUUAGUUAUAGGCACGGUUAUCUACUAAGGUUGGAGCACGGCAUGUUGCUUCAACAUGUUAUGUUGAAUUGGUGUGACUAGUAAACUAAAAGUGCUGGUAGUAGUCGAACCGAUUUUAAAACAUACAACAGAUUGUAGUUUUGUAUUAACACAUAAAAGCAGUGAAGUUCAUUAAACAAUUUUUUUAAGUAAAGAUUUUGAUAAUUAAAUUGUUUAUUGUUUCAAUUUAGUUAGAAUUAUUUAAAUAACAGAUAAGUCUGUAAAUUAGGUUUUUAUAACAUAAGCUUAGGGAAACUAAAAAAUUACAUGAAUGAAAUGUUCAAUACUGAAAAUAAAUAUUUUUCAUUUUAUAACAUUUUUAAGAGAUUUAGUGAUCAUAUUUUGCACUCCCAAUUUUCCAUGAAUUGUUUGUUAAAUUUCUCAAAUCUUAGAAAACAUUAAUUAUUUUUAUGCCAUCAAAUAUAUUUUUUUUUAUAAGAAUUAAUACUCUAAUUAUUAAGAAGCAAUAAGCUAAAGCCAAGCAAGUUUAAGCAAGUAAUUAAUUUAAUUUAAUUUCAAUUAUUUCUUAUUUUCUCUUGAUAUUUUUUUUAAUUUAAGGUUUUCUUGAUGAGUGUAUUGACAUAGCAUCAUUUAAAUUAAAUAAACUGAAAUAUCUGUUGCCAAUUCAAGUUGAUGUUCUGCACAUUGAGUCCAAAUUUACUUUUAAAAACUUCAUCUAUGACUUUCAAAUACAUUAAAAUUUGUACAAUGUUUAGCAAAGGAACUUUAAACUUUACUAAGAAAUUCAAACAAAUAAGUGUUGAUAUACAAGGUUACCUCUUGAUUUCAAAGUAUUAGUUUUGCUGCAAGAUGCUCAAUAUUAUCGUUUUUUUUAAAUAUUUAAUGCAUUUGUGAUAUUUUUUUCUUUUUAAAAAUUCUUUCGUUACAUACAUAGUAGGUAUACAACACAAUCUUUAAUGUUAGUGUGUUCCUCAUAACUGCCCAUUGAUGGAAGAAUUUGACACGGUUUGCAAAUAUAAACCUUCAAUUAAGAUGCCCGCAUGCGUGGUCUCCGUCUUACAAAUGUACAACAUAGCAAAAAACUGUUUUGCUCGAGAAAGAACCGGGAAGGCUACACUCAUAAUUAAGAUACGAGAUUUUCACCACAUAAAAAAGAGAGCUUUGGCUGUGCAACGUUAUUUUUAUUUUUUUGAUAUCAUUUAUAUGAAAAAAGUUUUUCAAGUUUGAAAAACACUAAAAAUAAUGGUUUUUGAAACAGUAAAAACUUUUUUCAUAUAAGUGAUAUCAAAAAAAUAAAAACAACGUUGCACAGCCAAAGUUCUCCUUUUUAAGUGGUGCAAAUCUUGUUUCUUAGUUAUGACUGUAGCUUUCUCGGGUCUUUCCUGCGUAAAACAGUUUUUGGUAAGUUGUAAAUUUGUAAGACGGAGACAACACAUGCGGGUGCAGCGUCCUCUUAAGGUAUCUAACCGUGAUUUGAGAUCAUUAAUUUUUGUAGAUCAGUCACUAGUUUUAUCAUGGAAUAUUUCAUGCAAGUCGGUAAGUGAUAUCCAUAUUAGUGACAGUACAGUUUCCGUGUUUUGGUGGUUUAAGAACAGAAUAAAUCGAUACAAUUUUGUAAAAAUGUAGGAAAGUUGGCAUAGUGGGACCGGCAGACUGACAAAUUAUACCAAAAAAUGUCUAAUAUAUAAAAAUUAAGUAUUUAAUAUAGGUACAUAAUUAUUUAAAUUAAAAUCUAAAAUGUAUAAAUGUAAAUAUUUCUUAUUUUAUAGGUAAAUACAAAAAUAUAAAACUAAAUAUAAAUAAUUAUCUAAUGUCUUAUGUUUAUGUGAAAUAUUUUUAGCAGAUAGAAAGA